UGGGCUAGGGAUACGCACGUGCGGUGCGUCACUUAUCGACAACCGUUAUCGAUUCUUAGAAGGAUGAAGAAUAGUAUACGCUGGCGUAAGUGCGACAGAGAGCGCAAUAGAUUGCGUCCUGUUUCCAUGAAUUACUACCCCGCGGGCGGCGAAUCUUUAGCGAGUUGGAGCGAGAGGUCCGAUAGUCUGAGAGAGAGACUUGAGUCCGGUCGAGAAAAGCGCUGUAGUAGUUUACUGUUUAGUUUGCCACUGUCUUUCCUAUUGGCACAAGCGUGUUCGGAGGCUAUUUGCAAUUGUUCGUUGUUGAUUAUUUAAUUAAGUUUUUGUUAUUCAGUUUAUGUUGUUGGAUUUUUGACAUUUUGUGUUGUUAUAAUUAACUAUUAUGUCACGCAACUACGGCCCGCCUGGGUCACAGUGUUUCUUAUGUGAGAGGAGCACCGCACCGCGCAUGGGUGGACGCCAACCCAGACAACAACUAUGCAGCUAUGAGCUAUCUGAAACAUAUAUGGCUGAAAAUCCACAUGUACUAGCUUACGCGCGUCAUCUUCAAAGAGGAGAUCAGAUUGACCCAAUUUCUCGGAUUUGUCGCCCAUGCGUUCAACGGGCUAGUCGUUUUUAUGCCCGUGAACAAGCUCGUUUGGCUGUUGAACAGGAAGCUGUAGAAUUACUUUUUCAACCACCUCCAGAAGAAUCGGCUGAUGGACCUGCGAGUGAUCCACUAAGAGACGAAAUAGAAGCUAUCCCACAAGAAGUUCCGUUAGAAGCUCCCGAUGACGUUCAGAUGGGAGCCCCAGAAGCAGAUCAACGUGAUGAUGUGGACAAUCUUCAAGGUGCCUCCCCUGAUCUGCAAGUUCCAGUUCCUGGAUAUUCACGAGUGUCCUCUUCUACCACUUAUUGUCUUGUAGCGGGAUGCAAUUUAAGAGACAACUUACACAGAAUAAAACAAACAGUGAGGGCGCAUAUUUUGUGUAAAGAUAGCAUUUACAUUCCAGAACAAGCGAGAGUUUGUGAUGAGCAUUUAAAUGCAGGCUUAAUUUGGCAAGAUUUUCCCGAUCAUACACGGCCCCGACAUGACUUGUUUACACCAGUUCAAUUGGCAAACAUGAUGUUAUUAUUAAAAAAGCCUGUUGAACAUUUAAACUGUGCGAAACGAAACGAAAACUGUGCGAAUGCAUUUGUUGAAUGA